AUGUCAGAUAGCGGCUGGAAUACUAUUGACUCGGAUGCAGGUGUGUUCACGGAACUUGUUCAAAAAUUAGGAGUUCGUAACAUUGAGAUCAACGAUUUAUACUCCAUUGAUUCUGAGUCUCUUCGAGAACUCCAACCUAUAUACGGUAUAAUUUUCCUUUUCAAAUACGGCAGUCUAGAUCGAGAACAUGCACAAUCGAAUCAGCCCAUUACUGGUCAGUACGACCCGCUGUAUUUGGAUAAACUGAUAUUCUUUGCCAAUCAAACUAUUCAAAAUGCAUGUGCUACGCAGGCCGUACUUAACAUCUUAUUCAAUUUACUGGAAAAAGAUGGUGUGCAAUUGGGUGAGGAGCUUUCCAACUUCAAGAACUUUGUUCAGGGUUUUGAUGGCGAGAUGAUUGGAGAAACCAUUUCAAACAGUGACUUGAUACGAUCUGUGCACAAUUCAUUCCUGACACCAAGUUUAUUGUCAAUAGACCGCAAGGAUCAAAAUAAUGUGGACGAAAAAGACGACGGAUUAUUUCAUUUUGUUGGUUAUACUUUUAGAAAUGGCCAGAUUUAUGAAUUGGAUGGGUUGAAACAAUAUCCCAUUACCCAUGGUAAUGCUGGAGAAUGCAAAACUCAAGAUGAUUUUAUUGAUAAAAUACCGGGCAUAAUUCAGGAGAGGAUAGCCAAGUACGAUUCAAAUGAGUUGAGGUUCUCGUUGCUUGCCGUGACUAAUGAUAAAUUAGAGGAAGCCAAACUGAGACUGGAUGAGUUUGGAAUCACUCAACAGUUGCACAAGAGAGAAGUUUGGCAUAAGGAGAAUGAACUGAGGAAAAUGGAUUAUACUGGCUUGAUUGUGCAGUUGAUCAAGAACAUUAGCAAUGAAAAAAGCGAUUCUGAAUGGGAAGAGAUGUUGACAAAAGGUAGAAACAAGACACAAGAGAUGAUUGCGGCAUCCUUGAGGAAGAAAUAG